AAUCUUACACUGUUGUCAGUAUUGUUGUUCUACGUUGUCAACAGACUUGACUUGCACCAGAUGUACCCGCUAUUACAAAGUCGCCCAAAUAUACCUGUAUAUAACAUAUUGAUUUAGUUUUUUUUUUCAAACGUCUCCGCGUGUCCCGCGCUCGCCCGCUGAUCUUUAUCGAGCGCGUGAGCAGCGUCCAGCGCCUCCUCCUCACUGCGGCACUGCGCGCCUGCCGCGUCUCACGCGCCUCACGCUAUUAACCGGUUGUUUCCCUCCAGCCGCAGCGCGCACGGACUAACUGAAUGCUGCGCUUUCGCCUUCACAAAACAACGAAGCCGACGAAAAACAGAAGCGGGUGUUUUGCUCGAGCCGCAGAGCUUUUCUUACACUUCUCGUCUCCAACCGAUUCUGUGAUUUUAGCCUAGCCAGGCGUCAAACUGACAGACAUCAGCAUGGGCAUAGAGAGUCAGGGCCCCCCGCGUCCUGCAGGAAACCUGACCCCGAAGCAGGUCAAGACCUUUCAGAACGUGGAGCCCAAAGCGCUGGGGUCCAUUCAGAUCAUCAUUGCCGUCUUGUGCUUGUGCCUGAGCAUCACCAUCCUUCAGCUCUAUGAAGAGGUUCACUUCUCUCCUGAUGUCAUUGUGGUGGUGGUGAUUGUUGUUCAGUUGCUUGUGUCUGGAUCCAUUUUAAUCCACGCCGGACGGUUCCCGUCUCUGUUCUGGGUGAAAGCCACCCUGGUCGCUCACCUGGUCAGUGCAGCGUUUUCCACGGCGGUCCUCGGCCUGCUGUCCCGUCACCUGCCGUACCGUCAGGACACGUACCACUGUGAGCACUGCAGGAGGCUGGAGAUCUACGCUGUGCAACAAUAUUGUUACAGGAAGUGCACUUAUACUGUCGAGAGAAAUUGUAAACUCUUGAUCGAUGGCUUCUUGGCCACGCUGGUUCUGUUUCUGGUGGUGGAGCUGGCGAUCUGCAUUGUGACCAUCUUGUUUGGACUCAAUGCUCUGGCUAAAGGUGGUAUGCAGCUUCCUGGUUUUAGACAGCGUGCUGUCCCAUCUCAGCCUGAGGCCGUCACCCCAAGCCAACCUCAGGUGGAGGUGCUGGUGUCAGAGGUGGAGCCGAUGCCUGAGCGGGAACCUGAACCCAAAUCUGAACCGAUAGAAGAGCUCCCCAGCCCUCCCACUGAACCCCAAGUGGCACCCAUUGACUCUUUAACCGAUGUUUGAUGUAUGUAUAUUGUAGAGAUGAGCGAGGUUUUAGCUGCAAGGGUUUUUGUAUUUUAGUAAAAUCGACACAUCAUAGUUACACAGUUGGUUUAACCAAAAAUAGAAAUUAAUUUGUUCCCUCAUGUUGUUCCAAACCCAUCACUUUAGGUUACACAUUAUUUUUAGGUGUCUUUGUUACGGUGUAAUUAUACAUGUAAGUACAUUACACGUGUACUUACUGUAUGCUUAGGGUUUGACUUAGGGUCACUUGAGUGUAAUUAUGCAUAAUUACAAGGACACAUAAAAUGUUACCUAACUUUCUUUGGUACGGUGAAAUGGAUGGGGACCAGGGUUUUCAAGCUUCGAAAAGGACAGAAACAUCACCAUAAAUUUGCACAUCUUUAAAGUAUUAAAAGUUGUGGGUUUCAAAAGACAUGAGAGUGAAUUUUGAUUUCGAGGUGAACCGUUGCUUUAACAUUGUAUUACCUGCAGAGUUUCUUCUUGUCUGACAGCUGAAGGCUUACAGUGUUUUCAAGGCAUUGUUCAGAUAUUCAGGGCCCUACAUUUUUUAAGCUCUAAAAUUAAUUCAGCCUGAACCACUAAUUUCACCUUGCUCGUUUUAUCCGUUGUUGUUAACUUCGAUCCUUGAAAAAGUACGAUAAUUGUCCUUUCGAUAGAAUCACAUAAACGUUACCCGGCAGCACAGACAUCAUCGUAAAAUCAGCAUACUGAAUGAUGAUUGGUCUUCUUUUUUGAGUCUGUUUUCAUAAUAUAUUGUGAUUGGUGCAUGCUUGCGUUCUUCCUCGCAUAUAUGUAAUCAUUCACACUGUGUAUGCAUUAAUCAUGUGCAGUGUAUAUCGAUGCUUUCAAUGACAAACAGCUCUAAUGUAGCAUUUUAUUUGCACCGAAUCAAACCCACGGUUAGAUUUUAGGCUCUGCGUGAAGGAAAUGUUUGCACAGGCUAGAAAAAUAACUGUAUUCGGGUUUUUUUCACCCAAACAUGUAAAACCGUUUUUCUAAUAAUGCACAAUAUUUUAUUUCCUAGAAAUCUUCUAGGUGCAAUCUCUGUAAAACGGCUUUUUUUAUGUAGUAACAUAUAAAAAAGAAACGUUAAGAUUAAGCUUGACUAUUAAUUUGCUGCCUUGCGAACUCUGACGCUUUUGCAGGGACUGAAAAAUGAAAGUUGUAAACGCAAUCAUGGCUCAGAGAAAAAAAAAUGUUGCACUUAUUGCAGGGAAAAAUGUACAUAACAAUGCAAGCAUGCAUAGCCGCAUCCAUUUAAUGCAAGACAGCUUUAAAUCAUUAUCAGCUGUCAUCUACAACCAACAAACUGUAGUGCGGGUAAUAUCAUGUUAACUGAAAAAUGCCACCACUUAUCUGCAAUAAUAAAAAAUAAAAAAAUCCAUUGAGCUAAACUACUAACAAACAAAUGCUCUGUAUGAUAUGUUCAUAUAUGUCACAUAAUGUAAAUUAAAUUCAUUUGGCCUCUUGAGUGUCAGUAACGUGUGUAAUCUGAUAACACAGUAUCUAUAUUGAACCUCUGUGCUCACGAGAGAAUGAAAAAUGGUCAUAUCUACAAUAAUGCAUACAAGCUUGAUCUCUAUUAAAUAAAAAAAAAAGCGUUCUCUGCUUUUAAUAUCAAACGGUGUAUGUAUGUAUAUUACUGAUUAACAUCAUUGGUGCUAGUACACUAGUACAUCUAGAAAAUACAUUUCAGUGCAGGACGAUGUUGUGUGCGUGAGAAACCACGUUUUCAUCUUUCAUAUAAUCGCUGCGUAUCCUUAAAGCUAAGGGUUAAAUGGGGGGAGUUAGAAUAGAGCUUUUAUGCAUUAUUGUUUCCUUGCCGUUAGCUUAAUAGUUAGCCGCUCGCUAGACUCACAGAAUGUCCCUUUUGGUGUCUCUCGAGUAUCUGGGUUUGUUCAAACACAGUCAUAAUCCAAGGAACGUUUGAUUACAGAUCUGACAAACCAAAGCGUGUUGUUUCUCUCCCGCUCAUUUACUUUUUGUACCUCUUUUACAUAUCUGUAUGUUUUGUGCGCUGUUCACGCGUCACUUCUUGUUUUGCAUGCUGCUGUGAGUUUCCGCUCGAUGGGGGUCGAAGGAAAUGCUGUGACGUUAGCCCAUUCUCAUCUGUCUGAAGUGCAGUGUAUUUUAGGUGCUGAAUGGACUUAUUAAACCACUUUUAUGCACCAACA